GCUGGAUCAUGCUUGCUGUUGCUGUUGGAGCUUUCGUCGGUUACUUGCUCUUUGCCAACUCGAGCCCUACGAAGUCGGCUGCUUGCCACUAGCAUACAGCGAGCGUGCUCAAUAUUGUAAGCAUCUUGAGGAGAUCUCAAGAUGCAGCUUGCAGGACAGGUCCAGACGAUGCAUGUCAACAAUUCGUGCUUGCGCGGUGUUCUCUCCGAUAGCUACCAUUUCCUUCAGUAUCCAGCAUGUGGUGGUGUGAGGAACGUGCGAUCGACGGUCUGGUGUAGCAAUUUGGCGUUGGGGUAUCUGGGGAAUACAACGAUUAGUUUUCAUAGCAAGUUGCAACCGUUGGUAUAUCUGCAGCGCCGAUGGACUCUACGCCAUCGAGUCGACGUGAAUCCAGGUCGCCUCAAGUGGACCCGAGCAACUGCAGGAGCAUUGACACUCGGUGUGAACUGCCCCGAGUUUCCCCAGGUACUCGAGAACCGUCUGUGCAAAGCGUUGGUGAACAUGAAAUUCGGCGAAGAUUCAUCUGCGAGAUUGCGCAUUAGAUUCGUGUUGACAAUCUAUGCGCCCCGAGUCUCAGUGAAGACAAUUGACUCAGGGUGCAAAAGAGGCAAUGCAGCCCGCACGACGCUGUGCGCGUGCCAGGUUCUGGUGGAGCAAACGCCGGUCGGCUAUUGAAGUGCGAGCGACGUAUUGCGGGUGAAGUUGCCAAAGUCAGCGAUUGCUGCGAUAUCCUGCAAUUGUGUAGCAAAAUAGAGGACGAACAGCGAAGCGUUUGCGGUCGCAAUUGUCGAG